ACGAGCUGCGCGCGCAAUAUGAGAGCGCGCGUGGAGGCGGUCCGGCUUCUUCAGUUUUCUGUAAUCGCUUUUCGGUUGCUACCUUCAGUUAAAUAGCAAGGACACGAGUGCGAGCAGACGGCCGUGUGUGUUGAUAUACUUUUCACCUGGGAUUGUAAUACUAAGUACAGCAUCGAAAGUCAGCUGCCAGGGCCAGGAUGUCCAGUGAGGUGCAGAGACCGGACGACAGCCCCAGCACCAGUGGGGGGAGCUCGGAUAUCGAACAAAGAGAAUCAUCAGUACCCCCAGAACAGGAGCGGGAACAAGCACAGCCCAAAAAGAAGGAGACUAAGAUCUCCAGUAAAACAGCUGCCAAACUCUCAACCAGUGCCAAGAGGAUUCAGAAAGAACUUGCAGAAAUUACACUCGACCCACCUCCAAACUGCAGCGCCGGCCCCAAAGGAGACAACAUCUAUGAGUGGAGGUCAACCAUCCUGGGACCACCGGGCUCUGUUUACGAGGGAGGGGUCUUUUUCCUGGACAUCGCCUUCACACCUGACUACCCCUUCAAACCACCCAAGGUAACGUUUCGGACAAGGAUCUACCACUGUAACAUCAACAGUCAGGGUGUGAUAUGUCUGGACAUCCUGAAGGACAACUGGAGCCCCGCCCUCACCAUCUCCAAGGUGCUGCUGUCCAUCUGCUCUCUGCUCACAGACUGUAACCCAGCGGACCCUCUGGUGGGGAGCAUUGCCACACAAUACUUGACCAACAGAACGGAACAUGACAGAAUAGCCAAGCAGUGGACGAAGAGAUACGCCACAUAGAUCCCCGUCUGACUUUUCCACUGCCCCCCCCACCCCCCCACACACACCCCUCCCCCCCACAGUACCUCUCUACCUCUCUCCCCAGCCUUUCAAAGCACACUCACUAAGUGCAACGGUAUACCUGUAAUCCUCCCCCUAAACUUUGUAUCUACCUUUUAUUUGUAAAGACUGUCCUUUGUUCCUUGUUGACUUGAAAGCUUCUUUUUUUAUACAAAGAGUAGAUUGGGAUUUUAUUUUCCAAUAUCUGAAUGUUGGAAUUGUAUUGAAAAAAUACUAUUAUUCUGAUGAGUAUUGUCCCUCAACUAUACAGUAGGUAUCCUUGUUUUCAUAGUGGCUCCAGGAACAAAAUGCAGAUUAUAUACUCUUUUUACUGUACCCUAGGUUCUUUUGUGUUUUUUAAUUUCAUAUUCCAGUCAUCAAUGUUAUCUGCAUGGAACAGGAGGAAGAUUUGCAUCAAAUGACAUGUCAUGCUCCUCUGCGCUCUUUGGUUUUGUUUGUACUGUAUGUAUUUUUUCAAACGCUUUUGAGGCAGACCACAGAAAUAUAGGUCUGCUUGUGAAAGAGGCAGGACUUGUACAUUUACUGGCUACUCUGGCAUGGCAGGGUGGUUUGUUAUGACUUGUAUUAAUGAAGCACCCAAUAAAACACUGGUUGGCUUGUGA